GCUGGUCCCGCCUCGCUGCAGGCUCCUCGCAGGGCGCUUUGUGCAAGUCCGGGUUCUGCAGCGGAUUCCAGAAAGCCUGAAAGACCAUCAUGGCCGAGAAGAAGCCCAAGCUCCACUAUCCCAACGGGAGAGGCCGGAUGGAAACCGUACGAUGGGUUUUAGCUGCCGCUGGAGUCGAGUUUGAUGAAGAAUUUUUGGAAACAAAAGAACAGUUGCAGAAGCUACAGGAUGGUAACCACCUGCUGUUCCAGCAAGUGCCCAUGGUUGAAAUUGACGGGAUGAAGUUGGUGCAGACCCGAAGUAUUCUCCACUACAUCGCGGACAAGCACAAUCUCUUUGGCAAGGACCUCAAGGAGAGAACCCUGAUUGAUAUGUAUGUGGAGGGGACGCUGGAUCUGCUGGAACUAAUCAUCAUGCACCCUUUCCUAAAACCAGACGAUCAACAGAAGGAAGUGGUUAGCAUGGCUCAGAAGGCCAUACUUCGGUACUUCCCUGUGUUUGAAAAGGUUCUACGGGAGCACGGACAGAGGUUCCUUGUGGGGAAUCAGCUGAGCCUGGCAGACGUGGUUCUACUCCAGACCAUUUUGGCUCUAGAGGAGAAAAUUCCCAAUAUUCUGUCUUCAUUUCCGCACCUCCAGGAGUACUCAGUGAAAAUGAGUAAUGUUCCUACAAUUAGGAAAUUCCUUGAACCUGGCAGCAAGAAGAAGCCUCCUCCCGAUGAGAUCUACGUGAGAACCGUCUACAACGUCUUUAUGCCAUAAAACAGCACACGCGUCUGUGAGUGAGAACACACCUCUAGAGAUUGCUGUGACCACAAUAGUACCUUAAUUGAUGCCAGGCUGCCGUGAUACCAGCUAUGUGGUGGUGCUACAUGUAGUUGUUGCUAAGUUGGGUCUUUCAUGUCAAGGAGAUCUCUUCUAGAAACAUUGACAUUUUUGUCUAGUGAGUAAUUGUUAUGGGACCUUUUUCUGCAAACCUUUUUGGAGAGGGUGGCAUUUAAGUUAGAUCUGAUCUGAACUGAUAACAGUGAAUAUCUCUCCUCUGAGCUGUUAUAAAUCCAUGGUAGUAAUGAAUGCAGUCGAUAUUAGCUAAAAUAAAGAAUUUACAAAUCAUUGACCUGUUGCUAGAAUUUUUUAAUUCAGUUGUUUGGAAUCUACAAUGUAGUUACAUGGUUCAAAAGUAAAAAAAGUAUAAAAGUCUACAGUUUUCAGCCCUGCUCCCAGCUACCUGGUUCUCCCCACAGGCAGAGUUAUCAUUUGUAUAUCCUUCCAG